AUGGCGGCUAAACGUAGCGAUUGUGUCCUCGUAGUGGAUGAUGAAGAGCAUUUGAGUGGUAUCUUUACGGCCAAGGAUUUAGCCUACCGUGUGGUGGCGGCUGAAAUGGAUGCAAGAGCCACUGCAGUAUCCGACAUCAUGACAAGAGGUCCGAUGUGUGUCACUGCAGACACAUCGGCACACGAUGCGUUGAAUCUGAUGGUGUCCCGUGGGUUCCGUCACUUGCCUGUAUGUAACGAGGAAGGCGACAUUUUUGGAUUAUUGGACAUCACCAAAUGUUUGUACGAGGCUUUGAACAAAAUGGAACGAGCAUAUGGAUCGUCUCGCAAACUGUACGAUGCGUUGGAAGGCGUGGAACGCGAAUGGGUCAAUAGUCCUGUUCAGUUUGUGCAAUACAUGGAGGCAUUGCGCGAUAAAAUGUCGUGCCCUGAUUUGACCAUGGUCCUGGACCAUGCUGCACCGGUGCAAGUUCCCGUGAAAGCUCAAGUACGAGAAGUGGCUAAACUGAUGAAGGAACACCAUACUACGGCGGUACUCGUGAUGGACCAUGGUGGUCUGGCCGGUAUCUUCACGAGCAAGGACAUUGUGUUACGUGUGAUUGCAGCUGGGCUGGCUCCAGACAACUGCUCGGUGGUUCGAGUGAUGACUCCGCAUCCAGACACGGCAACACCGAAUACCAGUAUUUUGGAUGGGCUGAAAAAAAUGCAUGAUGGUCACUAUUUAAAUCUUCCGGUGGUUGAUGAAGAUAAGAACAUUGUCGGACUGAUUGACGUGCUGCGGUUGACUUAUGCUACACUGGAACAGAUCAACUCGAUGGAAGGCAACGGAAAUGACGGAAGCAGCAAAUUUUGGAAUAGUAUUGCUGCUGGAGAUCAUACAGAGACGGAAUCCGCCAUUUCGGACUCACUUUCGCAAGCGGCCAACUCACACAUGUUUCAAUCGCCUUCGUCGACCCCGCAACCGGAUCGUAUGUUGUCUCCUUCGCUUCCAGGUCACGCACCAACCUACACCGGUUUAGGGUAUCCAGAGAUCACCCCGGGCGACAGCGCUUCCGUGGUCAACGAAGAUAUGCGGUCCACGGUGUCAUCGCACGUUCACGGUACCUUUGCUUUCAAAUUCAAGUAUGCCAACAAGACACACCGCGUUCGUUCCGAGAUCAACAAUUUUGCAGCUCUGCGCGAUAUCAUUCGACAAAAGAUCAUGGCGGAACACCUGUCGUUGUCGCAAUCGUAUGUUACUGUAGCAAGGGAGACGGGAGAAGAAGAGGAAGACUGGUUGAGCAUUUCUUACUUGGACGACGAGGAUGACAAAGUGCUUAUGACGUGCGAUGCGGAUAUGGUGGAUUCGGUCCAUCUAGCACGCAAAUUGGGGCAUGAUCGCGUUCGCUUGUUUGUUCAUGAUGCACUUACGGAAUCAAGCAAAGCUGCUGCCGCUGCCGACGCUGGGGUGUCACCAAUGAUCAACUCGACGGCGGCCUUUGAUGUGCCUGCCGGGCAGCCAACGAUUUCUGUGUCGCCAGCCACGGCGAUGGAACCCGAAACGGACGAAACAAUCCUAAAGAAAAACCAAGUUUCUAAAGGACGAUCAGUACCCAAAGAGAAACCUCGAAGAGAGAAAAAGGACGAUUAUAAUCUGCCUAUACCCAAAGAAUACCUUCUUCCUGCAUCCAUCAGCUUUUUAGGUGUUGUGAUUCUGACCGUGUUUACGGUGGCCAAACUGACGGGAUCAAAUAACAACCGCUAA